CACCACAUGGGUAAAGUUCCAGAGCAUAAUAAAAGGGAUUUGAUUCAUCACUAAGUUAGAGAGAGCCAUUGAGAGGAUGGGGAAGAUGAGUUCUUGGUUUUCUCUAAUGGCAAUUGGGAUCGCACUAUUACUACUUCAAGGGAAUCGUAUCAACGCGGAAGAUCCAUACAGGUUCUUUAUAUGGAAUGUGACUUAUGGUGAUAUUUACCCACGUGGAGUCAAGCAACAGGGAAUAUUGAUCAAUGGGCAGUUUCCUGGACCGAAUAUAGUGUGUGCGACCAACGACAACUUGAUUGUCAAUGUUUUCAACAGUUUGGAUGAGCCAUUUCUCCUUUCUUGGAAUGGUGUGGAGCAGAGGAGGAAUUCGUGGCAGGAUGGAGUUUGGGGAACCAAUUGCCCCAUUCCACCUGGCAAAAAUUUCACUUAUGUCAUGCAGGUUAAGGAUCAAAUUGGCAGCUUCUUCUACUUCCCGUCCCUUGCAUUCCACAAGGCUGCAGGAGGCUUCGGUGCCGUCAAUAUUGCCAGCCGUUCUGUCAUCCCCAUUCCUUUUUCUCAACCUGCUGGAGAAUACACUGUACUAGCUGGUGACUGGUUCAAUCAAAACCACACUGCCUUGAAAGCAACUUUGGAUAACGGUCAAGAACUGCCAUUCCCUGACGGGAUUCUCAUCAAUGGGCGUGGAUCCAACGGUUUAAGAUUUGCAGUUGAUCAAGGCAAGACUUACAGGUUCAGGAUAUCGAAUGUUGGACUUGCAAAUUCUUUGAAUUUCAGAAUCCAAGGGCACAAGAUGGUACUGGUUGAGGUUGAAGGCACACAUACACUGCAGAAUACAUAUGAUUCACUGGACAUCCAUUUAGGGCAGUCUUAUUCAGUGUUGGUGACUGCUGAUCAACCUGCACAAGAUUAUUAUAUUGUCUUUUCAACGCGGUUCACAUCUAAUGUGAUCACAUCAACUUCCAUUCUUCAAUAUGGUAACUCUGCAGGAAGUGUUUUGGGACCUCUACCUGGCGGUCCUACUAUUCAAAUUGAUUGGUCUCUGAAUCAGGCCAGAUCUAUCAGGCGAAAUUUAACAGCUAGUGGACCACGGCCCAAUCCCCAAGGUUCAUACCAUUAUGGAUUGAUCAACACCACAAGGACAAUCAGACUCUCAAAUUCUGCUCCAAUCAUCAAUGGAAAACAAAGAUAUGCAAUCAACAGUGUAUCUUUUAGCCCGGCAGAUACGCCGCUCAAACUUGCUGAUUAUUUCCAGAUUCAGGGAGUUUUUACUCUUGGAAGCAUCCCUGACAGGCCUGCCGGUUCUGGUGCUUACCUUCAGACCUCUGUCAUGGCUGCUGAUUUCAGAGCUUAUGUGGAGCUUGUGUUUGAGAAUUCAGAAGACACAGUCCAGUCAUGGCAUUUUGAUGGCCACCAUUUCUUUGUUGUUGGGAUGGAUGGAGGACAAUGGGAUCCAUCAAGCAGAUUAGCAUACAAUUUAAGGGACACAAUUUCUCGUUCCACUGUACAGGUGUAUCCCAAGUCUUGGACUGCACUGUAUGUGCCGCUGGACAAUGUGGGAAUGUGGAAUAUAAGGUCUCAGAACUGGGCACGGCAAUACUUAGGCCAACAGCUUUACCUUCGAGUUUAUUCACCGGCAAAUUCCUGGAGAGAUGAGUAUCCCAUUCCCUCCAAUGUUCUUCUUUGUGGUAGAGCAUUAGGUCAUAAACCAAACCCUCCCAUCCUCUUCAGUAAACAGCAA